GGGGCCCUGCGUCCCGACCGUUGAAAACGCGAUCCAAACUUUCGAACUUCGAACAUACACAUUUCGUUACUGGCCGGUGUUUUUGUGUAAAAUGCGCUUGUACGUUGUGAUGAAGUGGGAAAUACAGUUGAUAGUGUUGGGAAUUUCAGUGUUGUUCCGCUGCACGGAUUCCAUCGAUUUGCCAACAUUCGUGGGUCCAGGGUCCAACGUGACUGUAGCAGUGGGCAGAGAUGCAGCACUCACGUGUAGAGUGGAUAACCUACAAACGUUUAAGGUGGCGUGGCUCCGCGUAGACACGCAAACCAUCCUCACCAUCGCCGGGCACGUGAUCACGAAGAACCACCGUAUCAGCGUCGGGCACGGCGACGGGACCUGGACCCUGGGUCUCAAGGACGUGGGGCCGGGCGACGGCGGCAGAUACAUGUGCCAAGUCAACACGGAGCCCAUGAUGAGUCAGACGCAUCGGCUGCAGGUUGUCGUUCCACCAGACAUCGAUGAUGAAGCCAGCAGCGGCGAGAUCCUAAUGAAGGAAGGCGAAGACGCCACGCUGAGGUGUAUGGCCUCGGGGACCCCGCCCCCGACUAUAGUCUGGAGGAGAGAAGACUCUAGGCAUUUUAGGAUUAACAAUUCUACAUUAGUAUCCAAAUGGAACGGGGAGUGGCUGAACUUGACCGGCGCCGAGCGCGCGGCAUCCGGCGCGUAUCUCUGCAUCGCUAGCAACGGAGUCCCGCCGUCUGUGAGCAAGAGAAUCAUCAUUAAAAUGAUGUUCGCUCCUUCGAUCUGGGCAGGACGAGUCGCCAUCCGCGCGCCUGCAGGCAGCGCCGUAACCCUCACUUGCACUGCAGAGGCGUUCCCUGUACCACUAGUCUAUUGGACGCUGAACGACCAGAAACUCACUAACAGUUCCAAGCAUAGAAUGACCGUGUCGUCCCGCGGCUUCCGCCACUCCCUAUCGCUGCUCGUCGCUGGCGUGUCACGUGCUGACGCGGGCGCGUACCGCUGCGGCGCCGAGAACGCCUACGGGCGUGCACAUGCCGAAUUAUUGCUGCACACGUUAACAACAACGACGACGACAACGACAACAACAACCACGACAACGACAACUACAACCACCACGCCGCCACCCACCACCACCACUAUGUUCUAUGACGUAGAGCAACACUUGGAGCAACUGCACCGAGGGGUCCUGGAGGACCCUGCUCUGGGGGACCCCUACAUUGUGCUCAGCCAACACCAGAUGCAGAACCUUGACAUGGCAACAACGAUAUGACCAGAGGCCGGGCGCGGCGCCCCAUGGAGCGAAGGCUGGCCGCCGCUCGCCGGCCGCGCCGCGCGCCCCGCACUCCUCUGGGCCCCCCUCCUCGCACUGCUCUCAGCGGCGUGAUGGUGCGCGCGCAAUUAGACUUGGUGGCCGUUGUGUUUGUAAAUGGGUUGGAAAUGUUUUGGUUAUGUUGAUCGAGAAUAUAAAAUUAAAUAGUUUAAGAGGUGAGGAGAUAGUUAAACUUGCAGCAAUUUGAGUGUGUAUCGAUUCCGUUGGGAGUGAGCUAUGUUUAUAUUAAUUUAUUUAUAUGUGGAUACCAACAGUUAGUGAAUAUACUAUGUAAAUAAAGGCAAGUAGGUAUAAAGUUUGGAUAGGAAUCGAUAUUAUUCUGCGGACGUAUGAUGAACACUAUUAUUGAUGAGAUAAGAAUAUAAUAUAAGUAGGUAGAAUAACGUUACUUUAUAACAACGCUCGAUACAUAGAGAAAGAUUAUUUAAAAUAUCAUAUCAUUAUCACAUCGAUAAAUUUAUGCAUCGUACGGCCGUUGGAUAAACUCAGAGAUGUAAAAUAUAAAAUACUUAAAGAGUAUUUUUAGUUAAUUCGCUUUACGAAUUUUAUAUAUUUUCAGUGUUAAGCUAUUGGUACAUUAAGAUGUUCGCUGUACAUAAUUUUGCACAGAUCUAGUCAUAUCAGAUAGAACACGGGGAAAUUGUCAUUUGUAUAAUAAGUAUACGUACCCCUCGUCCUGAUUAGGCUUAAUUAAAAUUAAAUGGUGAUGAUAUAAGACAGUUUGGUUUAUUUUUAUUCUUUAAAGUUGUAUGUAAAAACAGAGUUGAAUUCAAUUCUUGACAGAUAUUCGUGACCUUGAAUAUUAUUGAGGAUGAAAACUAUUAUUCAUACAACUUGCAAUAAAAAAACAGAAGUGCUCAAAGUAGCGAAUUAAAAAACGCGUCAAAUUUAUCUGCCACGCCACCCUAUAAAACGUUUCCAAGUAGAUACAAAUCUCUACAGUUUGCAUUCAGAAGUAUCAGUUACAUUCUAAUUGUUCUAUAUAUAGAGAUAUAUCAGUCGAAUCCCACUUUUG